UCUCUCUCCCUUCUGUCUUCUUUUUCUGUGUUUGAAUGGAGAAGCUGGGUUCCCCAGGACCUGCACAACCCUUGCAGGGUGAAGGGCCCGUUGCUGGGGUUUCUGUUGCCAAGACUGCAGGCGUUGUGGGAGAUGAGGAGGCGACACUGGCCAGCUCAAAACUGUUUCGGUGUGCAUGUGUGAGACGUUGGCUACCACUGGCCUACAGAGAAGAACUUUACCAAGUCUUGCUGCUCACAGGCCCACUGCUGCUGUCUCGGAUUCUGAACUUUCUCCUGCCGUUUGUUAUCAGCAUAUUCUGUGGUCACAUUGGCAAUGCUGAAUUGGCUGGAUAUGCACUGGCCACAGCGACCAUUAACGUAACCACAUCUGCGAUAGGCCAUGGCCUCGCUCUGGCUUGUGACACACUUAUUUCUCAGACAUAUGGCGGUAAGAACAUGAAACGUGUGGGAGUAAUUCUACAGCGGAGUUCACUGAUCCUGCUGCUGUAUUGUGUGCCAUGCUUUGGUCUUCUCAUAAACUCUCAGAACCUACUGCUCCUCAUGCACCAAGAGGAAGAGGUGGCAAGAAUUGCCCAGCUCUAUGUGAUGGCAUUUCUACCAGCUGUUCCAGCCAUGUUCCUGCAUCAGCUUCAGGUUUCCUACCUGCAAAACCAAGGGAUCAUUCUGCCUCAGAUGUACACAGCAGCAGCAGCAAACAUCCUUAACAUAUUAUUCAACUACGUGUUAAUCUUCAGCCUCGACAUGGGCGUCACUGGAUCAGCGAUUGCUAGCACUUUAUCUCAGAUCACCAUCUGCCUGCUGUUGUUUGGCUACAUCAGGUGGAAGAAGCUCCAUCUGCAGACAUGGGGAGGUUGGACCACUGACUGUCUGCAGGAAUGGGGCUCUUAUAUGAAGUUGGCUGUUCCCAGUGCAUUUAUGAUCUGCUUUGAAUGGUGGAUCUGGGAGGUUGGAGGUUUCCUUGCUGGUUCACUUGGUGAAAAGGAUCUGGCUGCCCAGCACAUCAUGGUGGAAAUUGGAGCGAUAACAUAUAUGUUUCCUUUAGGUAUCCAUGCAGCUGCCUGUGUGCGUGUUGGAAAUGCUCUUGGGGCUGGAGACACCGAGAGAGUCAAAGUCACCUGUAAAGUGGCCCUAGCUCUGUCAGGAGUUCUUGCUGUGUUCCAGGGUACUGUCCUCGCAGGCUCUAAGUCAGUGAUUGGCUACAUAUUCACUAAUGAUGCCGACAUUGUGGAGACUGUGUCAGAGAGCGUCACAGUCUACAUUUUUUUACAAUUCUUCGAUUCAAUUCUGUGUGUUUGCUUAGGGAUUGUUAUAGGAUCUGGGAUGCAGAAAAUUGCUGCCUUCACCAACUUGGUGGGUUACUACUGCAUUGGCCUGCCAGUGGGAAUAGCUCUGAUGUUCAAGGCCAAGCUGAGGAUAUUGGGCUUGUGGCUGGGUAUCGCUAUAUGUUGCUUCAGUCAGACGGGCUUCUUCCUUGUUCUGAUCUUUAAUCUCAACUGGAAAAAAGUCUCAUACAAGGCUCAAAAGCGAGCUGGGAAAAAAUCACUGGCGACACCAAAAUGUUCUGCAUUGAUGAAUGAAGUGAUGCUGCCGGGCCUUCCCGACACAGCCCAGCUGAACAGCGCAGGAGCUUCUAAAACCAAUGACUACAGCAGGGUCAGCACCCAGGAUCAGGAGCUGAAAGUGGAUCAUGAGGGCAACAAUAUUAAUGCAGGAAAGGCUGAGAGGGACGCAGAGCAGAGCAAAAACACCAAACCUGAAAAGCUGCUCUCUGUCAAUCAGCUGAUCUUGCGUCGGGGAUUAACCCUCUUGGUUACAGUUCUUAUUUUGGCUGUAGGUGUUGCUCUCCACAUUGCUUUUCCUCCUCCAGAGCCCAGCGCUCAAGGCUGGGCCAACGUCACCCUGAACUUCACCAGUGACUCCACUCCUACACCACUGACCUCACUAAACCUGACCCAAAACAUCUGAGCUAUCUUAGAUGUCCAAAUGUAGACAAUUGAAAUGCUGAAUUCCUCCAUAAUUGCACAUCUUCUCUUAAACUUGGGCUAUUAUUUUUUAAAACCACCUGGAAUGGCCUAAUGGUUAUAUUUUUUUGAAGAGAAACAUGUCUCAGUUAUGAUGUUAAGCAUCAUAAGACUGAAACUGGCAGGAAGAAAGCAGGUCUUGUUACAAAGAUCAUGUUUUCCUGCAGAUAGUUUAAUUUUUCAAUGAAUUCUUGACUUGAUUUGCAUCUUGCACCCUUUAAGAGAUAUUCUUGCUUACUGACCUAAAAUCAUUUUCUUGUGUUUUAACUUCAAGAUUGACUGUACAUAUCUGAUGCAAACUUUGCAUUUGUGCAUAUAAAUAUAGAAUGCACAGUGUAACUGUAUGAGCAGGUGAUACAUCACUAUUGCACUGUCUUUACUGUAUAACUGUUACUCUGUCUUGAUAGUCUUCAGGACAGAGGUGAUUGAUAAAUAAUAAGCUGACAACUUUGUAUUAAUAUAUGUACUGUGGUAGCACACUAAUCAAUAAAAAAUUACGUUUAAAGUGUGUAACAAUGUAACAAUCACAUAUGGUGGACUACCAAAUUAAAAAUAUGCAGCUCUAUAACAUAUCAUUGCCCCAAGAAAUGUGACAUAGCCUCUCAUCUGAACUCUUCUUGUAAAUAUUUACUCAGAGGGAAAGAAUUCAAAAAAUCUGUUACUGAGAUCUAUCUGUUGUUUUUACAGCAUUCAAGAGCAAAAUGAGGAAAAAAUACUAUUCUUGCUAGUAUGUAAUACGUCCCAAAAAAACCACUAUCACAAGAUACUUUUGCUAAAGAAAACAGAAGAUGUGCCAAACCAGGAUUUAAAUGUCAUCAUAGUCCCUGUAAAUUAAUGUUCCUGAGGUGUGCACAAAACCCUAGUGUUGGGACUGCUGAAACAACCACAGUUUUAUUAAAAUGUUGAGUCUACGUACUGUAGUUCAUAUCAUUUUGCAGUGGCAAUGUUUUAAAUCGGGGCUUUUAUAUUUUAUCUGCCAAUGUUCACAGACUGCAUUUGAAGAAGGCUCAGUGCAGUGAUUGAAGAAAGGCAGGGUACUUCUAUAGUUGAUAUAGCAACUCAGGAAUGUAGGUUGUAAAAUGGCAUGGAAACUGGAUGCUGUAAAUUUAAUUAAAACAUUUCAUGAUAACAAAAUGAAUUACACACUAUA